UAUGGUGACGCCCCGCCCCUCUCCCCGGGCCGGGCCGUGACGGGAUGGAGAGUGGCGGUGGGGCUGACGGGGCGCCGGGCGCGGGGCCGGAACCGGGACCGGGACCAGAACCAGAGUCAGAGCCGGGGCCGGGGCCGGAGUCGGAGCCACAGCCGCGUAUCGCGCUGCCGCCACUAGGACCGGGCGCACCCCUCGGUUACCUGCACGUCGUGUGGCAGCGGGAGGAGCCCGCGGGCAAGAUCCCGGCCCGCCGCCUGCGCAGGGCCGCCCGCCUCCACCGCCGGCUGGGGCCGACGGGCAAGGAGGCGCACGCUCUGAAAAGGCUGCGUGAAGCUGCCAAUAGCAAUGAUUUGGACACAGUGCAGCAACUCUUGGAGGAUGGAGCUGACCCCUGUGCUGCGGACGACAAAGGCCGGACGGCCCUGCACUUUGCCUCCUGCAAUGGCAACGAUCACAUCGUCCAACUGCUUCUGGACCAUGGGGCUGACCCAAACCAGAGAGAUGGGCUGGGCAAUACUCCCUUACACUUGGCUGCCUGCACGAACCAUGUUCCCGUCAUCACCACGCUGCUGCGCGGAGGGGCCAGAGUUGAUGCCUUGGAUCGAGCUGGCAGAACCCCACUGCACCUCGCUAAGUCAAAGCUGAAUAUCCUGCAGGAAGGAUUCUCCCACAGCCUGGAGGCUGUACGCCUUGAAGUGAAACAGAUUAUCCAGAUGUUGCGGGAAUACCUGGACCGUCUCGGGAGGCAUGAGCAAAAGGAGCAGCUGGAUGACCUCUGCUCCAGGCUACAGAUGACUAGCACAAAGGAGCAGGUGGAUGAGGUUACAGACCUCCUGGCCAGCUUCACGUCACUCAGCCUGCAGAUGCAGAAGAUGGACAAUAGGUAAUGGGCUGCCAAAUCAUCUUCCUGAAGCAGCAGGAGAAGCCUUAGAGAGAAAAGGAAGCUGAAGUUUGCUUCUCAGAUCACUGACUAAACAUUGCUGCCAGCAGCCAUUCCUGCCCAGACUGACUCUCCAGUGGUGCUCAGACUGUUCCUGUUGGUGCUGCCACAGCUGCCCCGUGGGAAGGCAGCAGGCUUUGCACAAAAAAGGCAACAGACAAGAAUGCUGCAGUUGUGACUUUGGGGUAAAAGAGCUGUUCUACUUUUUACCAGAUGGGCUGGCGAUGAAUAGAGUACCCUUUCCAGAGAUAUUUUGCCUUCUCCUAAGUACAUCAGCUCAAUGUAGGUGGUGACCAAUGCCAUGUGCAGUUACCAGCCCUCAGUAGUGCACUCAGCAGCUGGCCAGCAUCACAGAAAUGCCCUGGAACAUUCCUGCUUGGAAAAGGCACCUUUUGCCACCUCCAUACUGCUUAAUUGCAUGAGGGAGAAAGUGAAUGCCUUGAACAGCAGAAGGCUUUGUGCUGUGAGAAGAACACACAUUUAAUUCUGCAUGCUAGAAGCUGAGCAAACAUUCUGCCUUAAGAAACAUGCACUGAGGCUUAAUUCUCACCCUUCACAGAGCCUGUUGUCACAGGGCAGAGAAUGUGUCUGGUUACAAAUGGGAUACAAAGUUUUUCAUGGCUAGACUAACACCUUUCACUGGGCCCAUUUUUUAAGUCUGCUGCAAGUUAGUGCUUAAAUAUUACAGUGUAACACUUCCAAAAAAUACCCUGGUACACAGCUAGCAGGUCAGAGAUGCCCUGUUGCGAGAGUAAGGAUUGGAGGGUCACAGUCUUAAUGCAUUUCUAGUCAGACAUCUACAUCUUGCAAAAAAGCCCCACCAUAACUAACAUUUGUAUUUCCCGUUACUGCCAGUCUCAGGCAAGAGGUCCAGUUGUGACAGGAGGUGUUGUGCACUCAGCUGUAUUACUGGGCUAGGAUGGAGGUGGAUUUACCUCUGCCUCAGCAGCACCAAACCCAUUGCUCAGCCAUUCUGUAUCUCUUGCUUGGCAUGGAGAACCUUAAGUACAGUGUGAGAAAUUAAUUAUGGCUUAUGCUGGGAGCCUGAAGUGAUGCAGCUAUGAAAGAUGCAGGGAAAUGCUCUUGCUGCUCUCUCUCUUCUGCCCACUGUGGUUAGCAAUGAAGAUUUAGGUUGCUUUGCUGUGGAGCAAGGAUCCAGGAAAUCUCGUUGAUAAGGCACCUACAGCAACAGGGUGACAGGGACGUGUCAAUAGUGAUCUGAGUUCCCACCCGUGUACCACACCAUGGUGUGCUGGUAGCCACACCUAUCUCACAGCUUGGGAGUCGCUGGUUUGAAAGAGUUUAUUAUUAAUAUUCAGUUUAAAUAUCCAGCAGCCACAGUUUGGAGCAUUCUUGAGAUCUUUAGGUCAGCAUGCUCUCUGAUAUCUGCCGCUUGUCCAGGAAGAGGCUAAGUGGACCUCUGUUCAAAGCUGAGAUACCAGAAAUAGGCAUGGCUUUUAGAUGGGUUCAUGUGUGGGCUGCUGGAGGACACAGCUGCGAGCAGCAGUCUCAUGGCUGGGCUGGAGCUGUCACUGUGCAUAUUGAUACUUCAUUAUGAUGUGCUGUAUGGGAAGGAUGCCGAGAGGGUGGGAGACAAUCUGACCUUUUUGUAUUUUCAACUCCAAUAAAAUCCUGUCAGCCUUU